GGGUCCUCCUCCUCCUCCUCCUCCUCCUUGUCGAGGACUCCCGAGACUAGAAGCCGCUCCAGGACGCACUCGUCCACCCUCAGCUCGGCUCUCACCCUCCCCUCCCCGGAGAUGGAUGUGGUGUGUCGGCACAGCGGGCAGACGAUGAGUGUGUCGGCCCCAUCGGGUCCCUGGGGUCGUGAAAGGGCCAGCAGGAGCAGGCAGCUCUCACAGAAGCUGUGUUUGCAGUGGAGUUCCCGGGGACACCGACGGCCUGCGUUGUAGCUCCGGUAACAAAUCCCGCACUCGUGCUCUGAGAACAUCCUGUUUUCUGGUCCCGGGCUGUGUCUGAGUGAAGUCUCAAUGAAUCAAAAGGUGAGCUCUCCAGAGUUUAUAUCUCGGGGUGUGACAACGUGUGUGUGGGAGGAUGACGGGAUAAACUGUGACAUGAGUCAUCAAGCUCCAAAUAGGCUACUGAUUCAAUGAAACUAUAUACCAACACUAAUCACUACACACACACACCUACCUCUUUGUGGGUGUCUUGCGCAUGGGCCAAUGUAUAUGGACACAUUAGUGACUCGCAUACAGGACAAAUUCACAGCCAGGGUCAAGCUAAUGCAAGACAUUAUACCACGUAUAUUCUGCUGAUUUAUAAUCACAACAUACUGGAAAAUUGAGUGUUUUCUUUGAGAAGAAUGUCAGCUCAAAAAGCUCCGUCUGAAGGUAAGCAACAAUGUGUUUUUAAGAUUCCCCCCCACUUAAUCUAAUUUUAUUUUUUCUAUUGGUGCUACCCCUCCACGCCCUUGUGUACGUGUCUGUGUCUGUGUCUGUGUCUGUGUGUGUGGGUGUAGUGACGUCAGCUCUUCCUCUCCAUGGUAAACCCCAAACAAGUUUCCUCAUAUCAGUUGUUCCAGCAUGAACUCCUUUCAUGGUGAUAUCCGCUGAAACCCUGGCCAAUGAUAACAAACUCGCUGUGUGUGUGUGUGUGUGUGUGUGUGUGUGUGUGUGUGUGUGUGUGUGUGUUAGUCUUUUGUUAAUUUUUUUCCCCAGCCAUUCCUGCUUUUUGCCCCCAGCUUAGAGUAAAGGUGAUUAUUUUUAUUUUCUUUUGACCUGAUGACAAAAGAAAACUUUCCCCGCAAAACUGAGAUGGUUCAAAGGGAAAUGUCUCUAUAGUUAUAUUUAAAAAAAUAAAAAAUAACCUUGAUGAAGUCAUACUUCACUCUUAAACAUGAUUAUUGAUUGUGACCAUUUCACAGUAAACGGCUGUUUUUGCUCUGAGCUAGAGUUCAUGUCUUUAGGGCUGCUAAAUUUAACGCAUAAGUGAUCUACUAUAGCCUACUGUACUCAUCCCGAAACAAUAAUGUCGAUAUGUUUGAUAUGUAUCGUCACCUUUUAACAGCUUUAAUGACCUGAUGGUAGUACUAGUUGUUCCUGAAAAACAAAUUGUAAAAUCCCUUUUUAAAGUGAUUCCAGUGUAAGUGAGUGAUGGGGAACAAAAUGACCAGUCACUGCUCAAAGCUGUAUUUUAGACUUAAUGUGACGCUAACAGUAAUAUUCAACAGCCUGUGUUACAAAUCAAGUAAAAUUGAUUCCUUGUGUGUUCACUACUGAGACACAGCACAGAGACGGUAACACAAAGCGGGAAUGUGGUACUAAAAAAGACUUCAGAACUUCAGAGUUUACAGAACAAAGACUGUGGAUUUUGUCGACCAUCAUUUACCGUCAACCGUUACAGUUUAAAGGAGGGAUUUCUUUGUAAACAGGAUGAACAAUAUUCCUGCUUUCAGCUUGGUCUGAUGGUUGUAAAACUGCCCUAACCCACAUAUAGGAACAGUUGAUUCUCAUUAUAAACUGGGAGUCUGGUCUAUUCCUUUUAGUAACUUCUGGCUUAAAGAUCAUGUCACAAAGUAUUCGCCUCAGUAUAUCAGGCUUCACCUCAGAGGAACUCGAGCUCAGCACAUUUAUUGUAUCCCACUAAUCAGUUUUGAAUCUCGUGAAAGUUAGUUAACAGAGUUCAGCCUGACAUUGUGACAGUGAAAAUAGCUGACUAGGCGUCUGCAUCUGUACAGGACAAACUGUCAACAAGGAAAUCAUUCAACCGGGUGCACCGUACUCUAGGUUAUCAUGUGUGUCAAUAAUUCACUCACACCACGCUCUGAACACACACACACACACACGCACACACACACACACACACACACACACAUCGUGUGCUUGCAAUUUAUUCACCCUUGUUUUUAGUCAUUGACUCCCACUCGACUGUGCGCUGGUUUUUAAAUAUGAAAAAGAACAUGUAGAAACGUGUAAGGCUGUUAAUAACUGCACCCUAAUUCACCCAGCUAUUUUUAACAUAUGCUGACUGUGUGGGAAGCAUAAUAACAUAAUACGCAAGUAGAGUCGAGUAAGUCGACUCCGAAUCUCUCAUUUUCUGCCUUGUGUGUCCUGGUUACCUUCACAUCACCAGGGGUUUAAUUACUGCCGAGCAAACCACAGAGAUGCCCCACGGGGGACUCGGGCGGAUCGAGAGGAGGACGAGUGACAUCAAGUUAAGAAGGAGCAAAAAGAAACCGGAGGGUUGCCAGUAAGCCGAGCCUCAGCCUCGUAUACCUAUACGGGAGAAGUAGAAAUUUGAGUGGUUAAUGUGCACGCAGAAGAGGGAGGAAGACACCCCGCCAGGAUGAGAUCUGUACCAACAUGAGGAGCUGUGAGAGCAGUGAGAGGGGUCGGAGGCGAGCAUCAAAGUGUGCACUGAUCAAAGGGGGAGGGGGUGCGAUUUUACCGUCUUCUGUUGAUUAAAGAUCCAUCCACAAGUUGCAUCUUGCCAUCACUGAGCACCCAACUCCUUCCCUCCCUCCCACCAUGACGGGGGGUGUUGUCCCAGCUCCCCAGCAGGGGGACCCAGCUGCUGUGGUGCUCAGCCUCAGCACCACCCCGGGGGAGCCCAUGGAUGUGGAGUGUCCCAUCUGCUACCAGGAUUACAACCAGUACAACAAAUGCCCCCGGAUGCUGGAGUGUCUCCAUGUUUUCUGCACUGAGUGCCUCAAAAGGAUCCAGCUGUGUCCCCUCGAGCCCCUCGACGCCGCCGGCAGCACGCCAGCCCUCCCCUGCCCCCUCUGCCGCCACCUCACCCCUCUGGAGACCGGAGACGCCCUCUCCUUGCCCUGCAACUCCCGCAUCCUGGCCGGGCUGUCCCCCGUGGCCUUCCGCCUGCCCAUGGCCGUGGCGACACGCCUGGCCACCGUCACCCAGAGAGUGGUGCUCUCCCUAGAGGGCGACAGCAGAGACGCCCGCUUCAUCAUCCUGCCCACCGUCAGCCUGCGGGUGCAGCAGAUGCACCCGGAGAGGCCGUACGGCACGGCGCCGGGCCUGGCGGGCGAAGACGAGGUCAUACAGCAGAGCAAGAAGACGCUGUUCCGGGUACAGGUGCUGGCCGUCACCUUCUGGGUGCUGUUCGUGAUCACCUGCGUGGUCGUGGUGGUGUUCGGGCCGCAGUUUUUUAACAGGAAACUUUAAAAGGAAACAGGGUUUAUCUCCUUUUUUUUUAUAGCCGAUAUAGUUGUUGAUUUAGAGUCAUGAUGUAGUCACACUGUAAAAGUAAAGUGCAGCUAUGGGACCAACUCAAAUUAUACUUUUAUUUAUAUAAUACCAAUCACUGUACUGCAUACCUGUUGCUCUUUAAUUAAUGAUAGAUUGAUGAAGAGUUCCCUCUAGUGGUGUACUUGGUGACUGUAAAUAAAAGAUUAAACACUAAACGUCUUCUCUCAGGUUUCAUGAAGUUUCACUCUCUGUGCUUGUUAUUAUGCAGCUGAAGACUGUCCUGCCAAUGCACACAUGAAUAAAGCUACUUUAUAUGUAACACUGUGUCGUGUGCUUAUAUUUACAAUAUCACCAAAGAUUGGCAGUGUGUAUUUAGUUUCAUCAUAUAUGGAUGGAUUUCUUUCUUUUGUGGUAUAAAUUACAGCAAACUUAUUCUGUUUAUAGUCUGCUGUUGCUUUAGGGGCCCCUUUGCAAGAUUGUUGUGGGCCCCUUAAUUGCUUGUUUGUUGUAAUUUGGUGGAAUAAAAGGAUUUUCUUAAUGUU